UAUUUUUUGUUAAGUAUAAGAAUGUGCCUUGGGAGUCAAAGAACACCUUCUUCUUCUUCAUCUCCUUAGUUCUUUGGUUGUCUCUCUUUAUCUCAUCACCACACAUCUUAUUCUCUCUCUCUCUCUUGAACAAUCUGUUCUACAUAAAAAACCAGCUCAAGAAGCCAUUUUUAUUGUCUUUUUUUUUGCUUUAAAGCAAUUUUCAUUUCAGAAAGAGCAAAGCAAGCUUUGUUAAAACUCUUGUUCUCUGUCUGCUUUCAGUCUUUACUAAUGGGUUCUUGCUUCAGUUCUCGUGUCGACAACAAGAGCAGUGGUCUCUAUGACCUUCACCUCUCGAGUGUUCCAUCAUCAUCGUCGGUGGCGGAUAAGAGAGAAGGAGAGAUACUUAGCAAAGCGAACGUUAAGAGCUUUACCUUCAAUGAACUGAAACUUGCAACAAGAAACUUCAGAUCGGACUCUGUUGUCGGUGAAGGCGGUUUCGGUACUGUCUAUAGAGGUUUGAUAGAUGAGACAACUCUCGCUCCAACUAAAUCUAGCUCCGGUCUUGUAGUUGCUGUCAAGAGUCUGAACCCUGAUGGGUUUCAGGGUCACAGAGAAUGGCUGACAGAGAUUAACUACUUGGGUCAGUUAAGUCACCCGAACUUAGUUAAACUGAUUGGUUAUUGCUUUGAAGAUGAACAUAGGCUGCUUGUGUAUGAGUUUAUGCACAAGGGUAGUCUUGAAGAUCAUCUCUUCACAAAUGAUGUGAAGUGUAAGCCGCUCUCUUGGACCUUACGUGUUAAGGUAGCGCUUGAUGCAGCUAAGGGGCUUGCGUUUCUUCAUAGCGACCCUGUUAAAGUCAUAUACCGAGACAUCAAGGCCUCUAACAUCUUACUCGAUUCGGACUUCAAUGGGAAACUUUCAGAUUUUGGGUUAGCUAGGGAUGGUCCAAUGGGAGAAACAAGCUAUGUUAGUACAAGAGUCAUGGGUACAUUUGGCUAUGCUGCCCCUGAGUAUGUGUCAACAGGUCACUUGAAUGCCAAAAGUGAUGUGUACAGUUUCGGGGUGGUGCUUCUAGAAAUACUCACUGGAAGGCUAGCAUUGGACCAUAGCCUCCCGACCAAGGAGCAAAACCUUGUGGACUGGGCUCGACCAUACCUCACAAGUAGACGAAAAGUUCUACUAAUGGUGGACACUCGUCUUAACUCACAGUACAAACCAGAAGAGGCAGUGAGAAUGGCAAGCAUUGCUGUGCAGUGCAUCUCGGACGAACCAAAGUCACGACCAACCAUGGAUCAAGUGGUCCGAGCUUUGAUACUACUUCAGGAAAGCAUGGUUCGAAGUUGACACGAGUAAAGAUACCAAAAGACUUGUGGGACUGUAGUUGGUAGAUAAAGAUGUGGUUAGGUCUCAUGUGUCCUCGUGUGGUGUAAUAUUCCAUUUGCUUCCACGAAACAAACACUUGGGCUACAUUAAAUGUUUUGAAAGAAGAUUCGCACAAUAUUUUUUCCUUUCAAAACUAUUCAUUGUAUCCAAUGUCUCUGCUUAUAGAUUAUUUCUAGGAAAUAUUUUGAGUACUCACUCUCUGUAAUAUUUUUAAUUAA